UUUCAAUUUACGCACUAUAACCUUACAGUGAGAGAAAAAGAUGAUGAAGCUUCUUUGUGUUCUCCUUUUUGCAUUAAUUUGCACCCUUGGUUCCACUAAAAGUGAAUUCAAAUGUACAAUUGGUUCAGCAAAUAUAACAAAAAAAUGGAUCGACAUGGACAGUGCAUGCAUCAAAAGUUUGACAGCUCAAAUAAAAAUGGAAGUUGAAGCUUCUUUGACCUAUCUCGCAAUGGCUGCACAUUUCGCACGUGAUUCUCAAAAUCGUCCUGGAUUUAGUAAAUUUUUCUUUGAAAAUGCAAGCGAAGAAAGAGAACAUGCAAUCAAAAUUAUAGAAUAUUUGUUAAUGCGUGGCCAACUUGUAAAUGGUAUUAACGAUAUUCUGGAAUUCCCAUUGAUAAAGAUGAGUCCAAUGCAAGAAGAAUGGGCUACAGGAUUGGAUGCACUUAACCAAGCUCUUACCCUAGAAUCCAAUGUCACACGUAGCAUUAAAAGCAUCAUUUUAGCUUGUGAAAAUCCAUCCGACGUAAAUGUUAAUGAUUAUCAUUUGGUUGACUAUCUCUCUGGAGAAUUUUUGGAUGAACAAUAUAAAGGUGAACGUGAUCUUGCUGGAAAAAUCUCCACAUUAGGUAGAAUGAUGGUAAAUAAUGGUCCCCUUGGAGAGUUCUUAUUUGAUAAGAAACUCUUGAAUGGUGAAGUUUAAUUUUUAUUUCUUACGCAAUAUAAUUUUAAUUUAAUGCACAUAUACAAUAAGUAUAAUAAAAAGUGUAUGGCCAUAUUUAGAAUAGUAUGUAUGAUGUCAUUUAACAUGUUUAUACUAGAUUUAUAAUUUUGUUACUAUCAUUAUAUCUCAGUAAGCAAUUUUUCAUAUGAAAUAUAUUUCUAAAUAUGGCCCUCAAUAACUUAGAAAUUCAUAAAAUAAA